GACCAGAUCUGAACUGGUCAUCUCCCAAACUUAAGGGUCCCAAAGUAGACCUAAACCUUCCAGACACUGAUAUUGACAGUCCAUCAGGAAAACUCAAAAUGCCAACUUUCAAGAUGCCAGAUUUAGGAUUCUCUGGACCAAAAAUUAAGGGGCCUGAUUUAAAUCUUUCAGCCCCCAAGAUUAAAGGGGGAAUAAGUCCCCCAGAUUUGGAUCUGCCAUAUGUAGACCUCAAAGGCCCCAAAUUAGACCUCAAUGCACCAGAUGUAAACUUUAAUAUGCCCUCAGGUAAAGUCAAAGUACCUACAUUGAAGAAACCAAAGGUUGAUCUGAAUGCUCCUGAUCUGGACAUUAACGGCCCCUCUGGUAAACUGAAAAUGCCCACAUUUGGGCUGUCUGGUAAAAUGCCAAAAUCUCCCAAAUUAAAUCUUAAAGCUCCAAAGAUGAAGGGGGGAAUUGAUUUUCCAGACCUGAAUUUCCCAGAUGCUGACCUCAAAGCCCCUAAACUAGAUGUGAAUGCUCCAGAUCUCAACAUCAAUGCACCCUCAGGGAAAUUCAAGAUGCCUAAAUUUGGGCUGUCUGGUACAAUGCCAAAAUCUCCCAAAUUAAAUCUUAAAGCUCCAAAAAUGAAGGGGGGAAUUGAUUUUCCAGACCUGAAUUUACCAGAUGCUGACCUCAAAGCCCCUAAACUAGAUGUGAAUGCUCCAGAUCUCGACAUCAAUGCACCCUCAGGGAAAUUCAAGAUGCCUAAAUUUGGGCUGUCUGGUACAAUGCCAAAAUCUCCCAAAUUAAAUCUUAAAGCUCCAAAGAUGAAGGGGGGAAUUGAUUUUCCAGACCUGAAUUUACCAGAUGCUGACCUCAAAGCCCCUAAACUAGAUGUGAAUGCUCCAGAUCUCGACAUCAAUGCACCCUCAGGGAAAUUCAAGAUGCCUAAAUUUGGGCUGUCUGGUACAAUGCCAAAAUCUCCCAAAUUAAAUCUUAAAGCUCCAAAGAUGAAGGGGGGAAUUGAUUUUCCAGACCUGAAUUUACCAGAUGCUGACCUCAAAGCCCCUAAACUAGAUGUGAAUGCUCCAGAUCUCGACAUCAAUGCACCCUCAGGGAAAUUCAAGAUGCCUAAAUUUGGGCUGUCUGGUACAAUGCCAAAAUCUCCCAAAUUAAAUCUUAAAGCUCCAAAGAUGAAGGGGGGAAUUGAUUUUCCAGACCUGAAUUUCCCAGAUGCUGACCUCAAAGCCCCUAAACUAGAUGUGAAUGCUCCAGAUCUCAACAUCAAUGCACCCUCAGGGAAAUUCAAGAUGCCUAAAUUUGGGCUGUCUGGUACAAUGCCAAAAUCUCCCAACUUAAAUCUUAAAGCUCCAAAGAUAAAGGGGGGAAUUGAUUUUCCAGACCUGAAUUUCCCAGAUGCUGACCUCAAAGCCCCUAAACUAGAUGUGAAUGCUCCAGAUCUCGACAUCAAUGCACCCUCAGGGAAAUUCAAGAUGCCUAAAUUUGGGCUGUCUGGUACAAUGCCAAAAUCUCCCAAAUUAAAUCUUAAAGCUCCAAAGAUGAAGGGGGGAAUUGAUUUUCCAGACCUGAAUUUCCCAGAUGCUGACCUCAAAGCCCCUAAACUAGAUGUGAAUGCUCCAGAUCUCGACAUCAAUGCACCCUCAGGGAAAUUCAAGAUGCCUAAAUUUGGGCUGUCUGGUACAAUGCCAAAAUCUCCCAAAUUAAAUCUUAAAGCUCCAAAGAUGAAGGGGGGUAUUGAUUUUCCAGACCUGAAUUUACCAGAUGCUGACCUCAAAGCCCCUAAACUAGAUCUCGACAUCAAUGCACCCUCAGGGAAAUUAAAGGUGCCUAAAUUUAGAGGCCUAAAGGGGCCAGAUGUUGACAUUAAUGGCGCUAUAGAGGGACCAGAUCUGAACUGGUCAUCUCCCAAACUUAAGGGUCCCAAAGUAGACCUAAACCUUCCAGACACUGAUAUUGACAGUCCAUCAGGAAAACUCAAAAUGCCAACUUUCAAGAUGCCAGAUUUAGGAUUCUCUGGACCAAAAAUUAAGGGGCCUGAUUUAAAUCUUUCAGCCCCCAAGAUUAAAGGGGGAAUAAGUCCCCCAGAUUUGGAUCUGCCAUAUGUAGACCUCAAAGGCCCCAAAUUAGACCUCAAUGCACCAGAUGUAAACUUUAAUAUGCCCUCAGGUAAAGUCAAAGUACCUACAUUGAAGAAACCAAAGGUUGAUCUGAAUGCUCCUGAUCUGGACAUUAACGGCCCCUCUGGUAAACUGAAAAUGCCCAAAGUUGGGCUGUCUGGUAAAAUGCCAAAAUCCACAAAACUGAAUUUCAAAGCCCCAAAGAUAAAGGGGGGAAUUGGUUCCCCAGAUCUGAAUUUCCCAGAUGCUGACCUCAAAGCCCCUAAACUAGAUGUGAAUACCCCAGAUCUUGACAUAAAUGCACCUUCUGGGAAAUUAAAAAUGCCCAAAUUUAAAAUGCCUAAAUUCAGGGGCCUAAAGAGACCAGAUGUUGACAUUGAUGGAGACUUAGAGGGCCCAGAUAUUGAUAUCAAUACCCCUACAGCUAACCUCAAAGGUCCCAAAACAGGUCUAAAAAUGCCUGAUUUGAAGAUGCCUGAUUUCAGACUAUCUGGCCCAAAUGUAGUUUAUGAUUUACCCAAUACUGACCUCUCAGCACCAAAGCUAAAAGGGGGAAUCAGUCCCCCAGAUUUGAGACUACCUAAGGGUCAUAUCAGAGGGCCCAAACUAGACCUCAAUGCUCCAGAUAUGCCCUCAGGUAGAUUCAGAGUUCCAACCAUAGAGAGGCCAAAUGAUAGCAUCAAAGCCCCUGAUUUGGACAUCAACACUCCUUCAUUUAAAAUGCCCAAAAUGCCUAAAUUUGUGUUGUCUAGUCCAAAAAGACCAGAUCAUGACAUCAGUGCUGACAUAGGUUUUAAAUUGUCAAAGAUGAAAGGUGGGAUUGGUUCACGACACCUGGACCUACCUACAGUUGACCUAGAAGCUCCUAAGAUAGAUGUAGACACUCCAGAUAUGAACAUUGAUUCACCCUCUGGGAAAUUCAAAAUGCCCCACCUCAAAAUGCCCAAAUUCGGCCUUUCUGGCUUGAAAGGUCCAGAUCCUGGAAUAGAUGGAGACAUUGAUGGACCGGACCUGAGUUUGUCAGCCCCGAAAGUAAACACAGGGAUCGGUAGUCCAGAUUUAGACAUAAAUGUUCCCUCUGGUAAUCUCAAAGGCCCCCAAGCUGAUCUCAAUUUGCCAGACAGUGACAUUGCUAUACAAUCUGAAAAAUUCAAACUGCCAUCCUUUAAAUUGCCUCAGUUUGGAAGUCCCAAUCUAAGGGCAGGUACACAUAUGGACUUUAUGAAAACAAAUUACAUUUCUCCUCCAAAGGUUAAAGUGAAUCUAAAAGCACCCGACUUGAAAGUUAGUCACCCAGAUGUCAGCCUGAGUUUACCCAAAGCUGAUACCAGAAGCCCAGAAUACAAAGUGUCAUCUCAUGGUAAACGCAGAUCUGAUAUCCCAGGUGGAACGCAUAUAAAAGUGCAAGCAGAAGACAUAGAUACAGAAGUGACACUGCCACACACUGAUAGGAAGUCUAGGAAGGUCAAAGGAAGGGCCAGUUAUCCCAUUGCAGAUAUUGAUUUGCCAAAAGUUGAGUAUGAAGCGUCUGGUUUGGAACUGAGAGGUUCAGACCUUAAUGAUCCCACAGGGAAAUUAAAAAUGCCCAAAUCCAAGACUUCUAAAUUGGGUAGUCAUACAAUAGCAGACCUUGAUAUAGACUCAAGUCCUGCCAGUAUUAACGCCUCAGUUCCUAAACUCCCACCCCCAAGGUAUGGAGUAGAGGUUUCACAGCCAGAUUUAAAUUUGAGUAGAACUGACCUCAAGGGCAAUAAACAUCAUAGGAAAGCCCCAGCUGGUGAAACCGGCAGAACAAAAAGGAGUCCAAAACAGUCUGAAAUUGGAACUUCCAUGCCAAAUUUUACUCAUGGUUCAAACCCCAAAAUGUCUGAAGAUCAAGAAGGAUAUUUGGUCACUGUAUUUCCCAAACACCUCAAAGGGGAUGUACCAGACGGAACUGGGAGCCUGAAAAAUCAUCACAAGGAAGAGUCAAACCGUAGAUCUCAUACACUCAGAAGUCUCGACUUCAGUGCAUCAAAUGUGGACCUUGAAGUUCCAGAAGAUGAGAACUUAAAAGGGUCAACAUUCUGGCUUUCAAAGCUUAUAUAGCGUUCAGACAACUGACUAAAUGUAUUUUUAGGUUGGUUUGAAUCACAAUCUUCUGUUGAAACAUAAUGCAGAAAAUGUCUGUGACAUAUAAAACAAGCAUCAGAUUAUUUGCACUUAUUUGUACUUUUUUAAAUGUAAAUUCAUUGGUAUUUGUUAUGAACAUGUUGAAAAUGAAUGUGUAAAGCUUUCUUUUGUCAAGUGAUUAAAAAAAUGCAUGAAAGGUUUGUUAUGUUCUGCUGAUAAGCUAUUCGAAUGGUAGUUUUACUCUACACUUGCUACAUUGUAAUAAAAUUACAUUUAGUAACUUUU